ACGCAGUAAAACGUGGCAUAAAAUGAGCUCAUCUUCUCCUGCUCUUCUCUCCGCGUCAACCCUCUACGUGUCGCCGUCUCCUACCUCCGACAACCGCCAUUGAUGAGCUUAAAUACAUCGACAGCUCUAAGCCGAGAGAGCAUCAUCUGUGACAUCAAAUUAUACUAAAAAAGUUUAAUUUUUUUUUUCAAGUUGAAAGUUUAAUUACGAGGGAUUAGUUUUAGUUAAGCAAGAGAAGAUGGCAUCAGCACAGGAGAGGGCGGAGCUCGACGCCAGAGCCAAGCAAGGCGAGACCGUGGUCCCCGGCGGGACACGUGGCAAGAGCUUGGAGGCCCAAGAGCAUUUGGCUGAAGGUCGAAGCAAGGGAGGGCAGACGAGGAAGGAGCAACUUGGAACAGAAGGCUAUCGUGAAAUGGGCCGGAAAGGCGGGCUGAGCACGGGUGAUCAGGGAGGAGGAGAGCGCGCUGCCGACGACGACGAAGGGAUCGACAAUAUCGACGAGGCUAAGUACUGAGAUCGUUUGGCCCGUACGUGGGGGGGCUUUCUUCAUAUAUGUACGUAAAUAAAGUUUAGAUGCAUGUGGUUGAUGUUGUGAGUUUGGAUCAGGGUGAACGUACGAUGGAGUUCCGUGUUUGGUUUCGUUUUUUGUAGGGUGUUUGUUUGUUUCGUCACUUUGUGUUCUCAAAUCUCAAUGAAGUGGUGAUGCUUUGUUUUUAAA